AUGUCCUUUCGAAAGCGCAAUAUCGGUCUAUCCCCUGGAGUUGACCGUAAUGCUGUUCCCAAUGCCGCACAGCCCGCUGCGCCAGAAAGUACGCCGGGCAUCCGCCCCUCACCCGACGAUGGGCGGCCAACGACCUCGACAGGAACGCGGUCGCUAGAUAAUCUUCUUGCAGGCCAUGCAGGGCUACCGAUGGGGAAGCUAUUGUUUGUUGAAGAAAAUGGAACUACAGAUUUUGCGGGCGCAUUGCUACGAUACUAUGCGGCCGAAGGUGUGGUCCAAGACCAGAAGAUCCAUGUGGUCGGAGUGCCAGAACAGUGGGGUCGAAGUCUACCUGGCCUGAUCGGCUCGGCAGAGUCCCUAGAUGAGAAGAGAUCCGAGAGGCGUAAGGACGACCGCAUGAAGAUCGCAUGGCGAUACGAGCGAUUGGGCGAAUUUGGGGCAGUCGCCGGUUCGCGUGAUGCUCCUACUACUCCAGGAGAGCAAGAUCCAGCAGCGAAAGAAGCUCCCGCCUUCUGUCACGCCUUUGACCUCACGAAACGUCUCGCCCACCCCUCUAUCACAAACAUGUCCUUCAUUCCACUCAUGCCCUCGAAAGAAUCGCCAUUCCUUGCUAUCCUUAAACGACUCCAGACCGCAAUUGCUUCCAGCGCUGUUAACACCAUCCACCGCAUCGUCAUUCCUUCUCUGCUCAACCCCACAAUGUACCCGCCCGAAGCCUGUCAACCAGAGAACGUGCUCCAAUUCUUCCACGCGCUCAAGGCGUUAAUGAGCGCGCACAACAACCGUGUAACCGCAAUGAUCACUUUUCCCUUGUCUCUAUAUCCCCGUUCAUCGGGGCUGGUUCGUUGGAUCGAACUGCUAAGUGACGGUGUCAUUGAGCUCUGUCCCUUCCCACAUUCUGCGGAUGCCACGGCCACCUCGGGGGCAGCGACCUCUCAGGAAGAGCCUCCUCAGGGUAUGCUCAAGACGCACCGACUCCCAGUGUUGCACGAGCGUGGUGGCGGAAGUGAUCAGAAUGUGGGACAGGAUUGGGCAUUUAUUCUCAGCCGUCGGCGAUUCGAGAUUAAGCCGUUCAGUCUACCACCAGCUGAAGGGGACACAGAAGCGCAGGAUGCGUCGGCCCCAGGUGGCAUGCCUAAGAAAUCAGAUCUCGAAUUCUGA